AUGGAUUCGUUCAAACGGUUACAAUCGAAAGUUUUCACAUCGGUUAGCUCAUUGAGAAAAACUGAUGAAUCUCCAAAUGAACAAAUCUACAACACCAAACGAUGCUUCGUGCAUGUCAAUUAUUUAUCGAUUGCCAUUGCCGUCGUGGAACUCUCGAUUUUGAUCUACCAGCUCGCAAAUGGAAGUUGGGGGAAUUCGGAACACGCGACAGUGUUCACCAUCGCUGCUCUCCUCUUUCUUCUCGUCAUCGGUCUUCUGUUCGUCGCAAUCUUCUACCGUAUCGGAAAUCUGCUCAUUCCGCACAUUGUCAUGCAGAUUUUGCUCGUUUUGUGCUUUCUUGGGCUCACGUUUGCCACGUUGUACGCGCUGUUCCAUGGAGCGACGUUUCAGCUGUUGGUGGUGAUUACGAAUCCACAAAUUGCCGCUGAUUCGAUGACCCUUCUCCCGGCUCCAAUGAUUUCAACGAACGUCGUCUCGGGAUUUCUCACCGGUCUUCUUGUGAUUUUCGCCGUCGCCUAUCUCCUGAUUGCAGUGCUAAAUACAUGGUGCAUGUACGUCGUCAUCGAUAGCUAUCAACUGCUGAAAGUGCAAAAAUCGCAAACGCGUGCUCCGUCCGUCGAAGAAUACUGUGCUCCGAAGACGAUCCAGCUGUCUCUCUAUCCGAAUCAAGUGAUUCAGGCCACGGACUUCUAG